AUGGGUUCCAACGGCCACAAGUUGUUGACGGUUCUCGUGUUCAGUGGGCUUGGCGUAUACUCGGGCGUGAAGUUCUUUGAGCCCCUCGUCGUGGAGCAAUUGCGGAAAGACGGGAACCUACGGGCUGAUAUCGACGUUCCACAGUUCGACAAGAACGGUGACAAGAUCGUGAAUGGUGUUGACCAGAGUGUUGAACUAGACCGGCUUAGAGAGAGGCUCGAGCAGAAGAAAGAGUAA